AUGGCUACGGAAAUUACAUUACACCACGGAUUAGGCAAAGGCGAUUUCAGACAACGGUUCUAUGCCAGAUGUGAAGAAUGGAUCGCAAAAAAUCAAGUUCUUGAAGAAAGUAAACAUCCUUCUUCAGUACUCUUGGUGGAGGAGGAUCGUGCGGAAACCAAGCCUGCAGUUCCAGACCAUGAAAUCUACGGUUUUAAUAACGAGAUCAAGUCACUGGAGGACUUCUUGUUGGAUCAGAAGGUUUACAGAGAGUUCAUGAGUCUUGUGAUUGUUGGAGAGUACGGCGUGGGGAAGACAGCUUUGUGCCAAAUGAUCUUUAAUAAUGAAAACGUGAAGACUACAUAUGCCCCGAGGAUUUGGAUUUCUAUGCACAGCAAUGAAUCUAAAGAAGGCGUUGAUGGAAAGAUAUAUGUGUUGAAGAAGAUCUUGAAGGGUCUUGGAGUUGAAGGUGACGUGUUCGAAAGCAUCCAUAGAGAGGCAGAGGAAGAAGCUGCAAACAGCCAGGAAGCUGGGGAGAUUGAUGGAGAGACGGGGAAAGAGAAGGAGCUCUCUGCUCUGCUCUACGCUCUUCACUUGGAUCUGAGGUGGAAGAAGUAUCUGAUUGUGUUUGAUGAUGUGCGAGAAGAGGACCAUUGGAACGAAAUGCUUCAGGAGGGUGAGGUUAGACUCAAGAAGGAUGACAAAUGGGGAAAGUAUCUCUCAGAUGGAUUCCCUAAAGGGUCUGGUGGGAGAGUCAUAUACACGACCAGAGAUCAGAUAUUGGCGAAGAAGCUAGUUGCAGAGAAGCAUGAGAUCCAUCGUCUUUGGCCUUUGUCUGAUCCUCAUAGUCUCUGGAGGAUUUAUGAUGCAGAGGUCACGAAGCAAAAUAAAUAUCCUCCAAGCAAGGACAAGAAAUGUGUAGAUGAGCUGAUGAACAAGUCUCGUGGUCUUCCUCUAGCUGUUAGGCUUAUGGCCACGCUUAAACCCGUGUAUCUUGACGAUGAAUUAUAUCCAGAGGACAAUGCGACCUAUCCACUAAACACCUCCGGCUAUUAA